AUGAAUGCAGGACCGCCGUUCGAGUCGACCACAUUCUCUUCUUGGAAGGCAUUUGACGUUUAUUUCAGCUCUUACGAGGCUAAGACAUACCAGAUGUUUCGCAUUCGCUCAAACAAGACUGUAAAAGCUCGAAACAAGAUCAUCACGCAAGAGAACUCGACAGCUUCCUUGAUUCUGGCCAAGCAGGUGGGGACGCCCAUCCUGGCCGUGUCGACGGAGGGCGCCACUGAAGCGUGGGAAUAUUACGCCAAAACGUUUGAGUGUACCCAUGCAGGGACGUACGAAGGCCGCGAUCAGGGAAAGCGGCCUUGCCAGCAGGCACGAUCCCUCAACUGCAAAGCACAGGUGUGUUAUUGA